AUGUCUGCUCUUGACACCAGACCUGAAAGUACUGAUGCCAUUGAGCGAGGCAGCAAUCAUGCUAGUGAGUUCUGGCCUGAAGGAAAAGUGAGUCCAAACCUUGACGAGAGCCCGCCCGAGGGGUUCAACGGCGAGAAGAGAGACGACAAUGCAGUUGCAAGGACCCCUUCCUUUGCCAUGGUUCACAGUCCCGGCUCAGUGCGCAGUCACGGCUCUCUGCACUCGCGAUCGUCGCACAAGAGCACGGCUUCAAAGUUCUCGUCGUCGCUUUCCGCGCUCUCACAGAAGCGGCGCAAGCAAAGAGAGACCCUCGCUAACGUCUGGCCCGACCCCCACAAGUACAACCCGAGGAGCCUGUACAUGUUCUCCCUCGACAGCAAGGUGCGAAGGCUGUUGAUCCGGGGGAUAGAAUGGAAGUGGUGGGAUCGGACCGUCCUGUUUCUUAUCCUCCUCAACACAAUACAGCUGGCAAUGUACGAGCCCUACGACAACCCAACCCUUCGCCCUGGCUUCCACAAGAGGGACGUCCUCGACAUCUGUGGCAAGGCCUUCUCAGUGUUCUUCACCCUUGAGUGCAUAGCCAAGGUCAUGGCCCUGGGAUUUUGUGUCGGGCAUCACACGUACCUAAGUGACGGAUGGAACUACCUCGAUUUCUUCAUCGUUAUCGUGGGACUUCUGGACUUCAUGCCGAUGAACUCAACAGGGAAUCUGAGCUCCCUCCGAUCCCUCAGGGUGCUCCGGCCUCUCCGCGCCAUUACCAAGUUCCCCGAGCUGAAGUUUCUGGUGGUUCUGCUCUUGCAGUGCAUCCCGAACCUGUCCAACGUCUUUGGGAUCUGCCUCUUCAUCUUCUUUGUGUUUGGGAUCCUCGGGGUCCAACUGUUUGCGGGGGCGCUGCGAGGACGGUGCUUCGACAUCGAGUCUGGCAUGGCGGGAGGAGACAUCUGCUCCGAGGGAGGAGGCAUGGCGGAGUGCAGCGAUGGGAUGCAAUGCCUGCUGCUGGGGACGAACUUGGGCCGAGGGGCCAUCAGCUUCGACGACAUCGGAUCAGCUGUUCUGACCAUCUUCCAGACGAUGACGCUUGAGGGCUGGGCGGACAUCAUGUACUCGCUGCAGGAUGCGGUCUCGUUCUGGGCCUUCGCCUACUUCGUUGUCCUGGUAGCUAUCGGCCCGAUGAUGGCAGUACAACUCUUCCUCGUCGUCAUCUCCACCCAGUACGAGUCCAACGUCGAGGCGCAGCAGCUGUCGGCCAAAGACGCGGAGGAGGAUCUCGAGGCCAGCGAGGAGGCGCAUGCCGGCACUCACGAGCCUCACCAGGUUGGAGAGAACAAGUCGGGCGAGGAGGGGAGAGGUGGCAGCCACCUAAACGGAGGAGGAGGAGGAGGAGCGGGGGGGGGCACCUCUGUGGUGUAUGAGUCCAGGAAGUUGGGAGAGAUCAACGAGCACGGAAUCAGCCCUCUGAUCGUCAAGGAGGACGCUUUUUCUCCUUCCAGCCCUCUGAAUGGAGGGGACUUGCCUCGGCCCAAGUCACGGCCGGGAGGAGUGGCUGAAGCCGUGGGGAUAUCAAGGAGGAUGUCGGUAGAGACCAGGAAAAGAAAGAAGGAGUGGGACGAGAAGACGCUCUACCAGAAGUUCAUGUGGAAGACUCGCCUGCUCGCCAAGUCCGACUCUCUGCUCAACUUCAUCGUCCUCAUCAUCGUGCUCAACACGCUGGGCAUGGCGAUCGACCACUCGUGCAACUUCUGCGAGAAGGAGUACUGCAGGAAGUUCAAGGGAUCACUGGAGCUCUCCAACAUUUUCUUCGCCUUCAUCUUCGUCGGGGAGCUCUCGAUCAAGGUUGUCGGCCUCGGCCUCGUCAAAUUCGUCAGCAACGUUGCCAACCUCUUUGACGCCGUCAUCGUCAUCUCCUCCCUCGCCGAGAUUCCUGGCAUCCUGUCCACCUUCUCUUGCUACAACCAACCCAAGCAGUGCGUCCAGUACUUCGACUGCGAGGGAGGGGGAGGGGGUCUUUCCGUCCUCCGAACGUUCAGGCUGGUCAGGAUCGUGAAACUGCUGCGAGCCUUUCCCGACAUCCAGAAGCAAGUGGCUGUGCUGGCAGACGUCAUGAAGUCUGUCUUCGCCCUCGUCAUCCUCAUCCUCAUCGCCCUCGUCGUCUUCAUGGUGCUCGGUGCCAACGUCUUCGGGGGUAUGCUCGUGGCCGAGUGGGACGCAGGGGCGCUAGGGCUGGGCAAGCAGGUGUUCCUUGAGUUCCCGCACGACGACGGGGUGACGAGGUACGGGAGGAUAGUUGAGAUUGACUUCUUCAACCGAUCGAGCACACCAUGGAGGGUGGCGGUGGCGUACGGCAAGGAGGAGGCAGUCAGGAGCCAGCUCGGGCUAGGCAAGGACGGGGAGGUGUGGGCGUGUACCUCGGACGAGCCGAUCCUCGCUACACCUGUGAUCGUCGGAUUCCCUCCGAGGCUCAACUACGACGACAUGGUGAACUCAGUCAUCACAACCUUCC